GGCCGCUUCCUUGUCGCACUGAUCACUGGGAGUUGUAGUCUCAACAGAGAGCUCAAGCAUGGCGACCUCUAUCGCAAGGGGCUGCCAGGCUGCAAAGGGUCUGGGCCCGAGCUUUCGAUCCGCCAGGGCUCUACUCCCUGUGUCAACCUCUGUCGCCAGCCGGGUCCUGGCGGGGCCGGGCCGGCGGCAAAUCACUGGACCUUCUGAGCCUGGCGUGUUCCAGCCACCGCCGAAACCAGUUAUAGUGGACAAGCGCGGCCCCCAACGCCGGGAAAGCAGGUUCUUGAGUCCUGAAUUCAUUCCUCCAAGGGGAAGAACAAAUCCUCUGAAAUUUCAAAUAGAAAGAAAAGAUAUGUUAGAAAGGAGAAAAAUACUCCACAUUCCAGAGUUCUACGUUGGAAGCAUUCUUCGUGUUACUACUGCUGACCCAUAUGCCAAUGGAAAAACCAGCCAGUUUCUGGGGAUUUGCAUCCAGAGAUCGGGAAAAGGACUUGGAGCUACUUUUAUCCUUAGGAAUACUAUUGAAGGACAAGGUGUUGAGAUUUGCUUUGAACUUUAUAAUCCUCGAAUCCAGGAGAUCCAAGUUGUCAAAUUAGAGAAACGGCUGGACGAUAGUUUGCUAUACUUGCGAGAUGCCCUUCCUGAAUACAGCACUUUUGAUAUGAACAUGAAGCCAGUAGCACAAGAACCUAGGCAAGAAGUUCCUAUUAAUCAGCUAAAAGUAAAAAUGAAGCCAAAACCCUGGUCCAAACGCUGGGAACGUCCAAAAUUUAAUGUUAAAGGGAUCAGAUUUGACCUUUGUUUAACCGAAGAGCAAAUGAAAGAAGCCCAGAAGUGGAGUCAGCCAUGGCUUGAGUUUGAUAUGAUGAGGGAAUAUGACACAUCAAAGAUUGAAGCUGCAAUAUGGAAUGAAAUUGAAGCAUCGAAAAAUUCCUGAUCUGAGAAUGGGUUUGGUUACUGGCAGAGGAUAUACUGACUCUCAGAGGAUUUAUUUAGAAACCAAUUUAAUCUCAUAUAUAAAGACAUAGUCAUUAAAUCAA